CCCCAUAGCUCGCACCUUCCCUUCCUUUACAAGAAGAUUUUGUCUACCACUGGAAGGCAAUCACCCAUUACUACAUAGAGACAUCAGAUGACAAAGCUCCUGUGACUGAUACCAAUAUUCCUUCUCACCUGGAACAGAUGUUGGAUAUUCUGCUUCAAGAAGAAAGUGAGAGGGAAUCAGGUGAAACAGGACCAUGUAUGGAAUAUUUGCUACAUCACAAGAUUUUGGAGACACUCUACACACUAGGAAAAGCUGAUUGUCCUCCAGGCAUGAAACAGCAAGUUUUGGCUUUUUAUACAAAACUUCUUGGAAGAAUACAGCAACCUCUUCUUCCCCACAUAAAUGUGCAUAGACCGGUGCAGAAAUUAAUUCGGCUGUGCGGUGAAGUUCUGGCAACACCAACAGAAAAUGAAGAAAUUCAAUUUCUCUGUAUAGUAUGUGCAAAGCUGAAAGAGGAUCCAUACCUAGUCAACUUCUUCCUUGAGGUCAUUCAGGAUCCUGUUUUGCACCUUUACAGGAGGCAGAGUAAGUUAAAAGCAAUGGCUUCCAAAGGAUCAUCAGGUGUAAUCACAGAAGACAUGCUAAAAGGCCAAGAGUCUUUGACAGCAGACACAGGACAGGCCGUUCAGCCUGAAGAAAUGCCGAGCGCUGCUGGAGCGGAGCACGUGGAGAAGGAAGAUGAUCUCCUGCAACAGGCGGAUGAUCUCUCUUUCAGUAUGGAUGAGCUAAAUGUCACAUCAUCACCUGAGUCCUCCACUGUUCGUCCAAAUCAAGACUAUAAUUUAGUGAAUUCUCUACUAAACCUCACUAAAAGUCCCGACGGCCGGAUAGCAGUGAAGGCCUGUGAAGGCCUCAUGCUUUUGGUGAGUUUGCCAGAACCAGCAGCUGCCAAGUGCCUGACUCAAAGCACUUGUUUAUGUGAAUUGUUGACAGACAGGCUGGCCACCCUCUACAAAGCCCUGCCUCAGUCACUGGAUCCCUUAGACAUUGAAACAGUGGAGGCAAUUAACUGGGGUUUGGAUUCCUACAGCCACAAAGAGGAUGCAUCUGCUUUUCCAGGGAAAAGAGCAUUGAUUUCGUUUCUUUCAUGGUUUGACUACUGUGAUCAACUCAUCAAGGAAGCACAAAAGACUGCUGCUGUUGCUAUGGCAAAAGCUGUGCGGGAGCGAUUUUUCAUUGAUGUCAUGGAACCCCAGCUGAUGCAAACUUCAGAGAUCGGAAUCCUCACAUCAACUGCACUAUUGCAUCGCAUUGUUCGUCAAGUGACUUCAGAUGUCCUGCUGCAGGAAAUAGUUUAUUUUAUACUUGGAGAACACAGAGAGCCAGAAACUUUGGCAGACAUCAACAGACAUCCAUUGCGACACAGAUUAAUCGAACACUGUGAUCAUAUUUCUGAUGAGAUCAGCAUAAUGACUUUACGAAUGUUUGAGCACCUUUUGCAAAAACCCAAUGAGCACAUUCUUUAUAAUUUGGUUCUGAGAAAUUUAGAAGAAAGAAACUAUAUGGAAUACAAGCCUUUCUCUCAAGAAGAUAAAGAUGUGGUAGAGAAUGGACAGAUUGCAGGAGCAGUAGACCUAGAGGAAGAUCCGUUGUUUACUGAUCUGUCUCCAGAUAACACAUUGUCAACUCAAGAGUGGCUCAGUGCUUCUCCACCUGUCAGCCCAGAACAUUCAAAAAAUGAUGGGAAGACUGAAGUUCAUAAAAUUGUAAAUAGUUUUCUCUGUCUUGUACCUGAUGAAGCUAAGUCGUCGUACCACGUGGAGGGUACAGGUUAUGAUACUUACCUCAGAGAUGCGCACAGACAAUUCCGGGAUUAUUGUGUCAUCUGCUUACGGUGGGAGUGGCCUGGAUUUCCCAGAUCUUUGGAAAAGUGCAAUUUAGAAGCAUCAUUUUUUGAGGGACAUUUCUUGAAAGUCCUGUUUGAAAGAAUGGGAAGAAUUCUUGAUCAGCCCUAUGAUGUAAAUUUACAAGUUACGUCAGUGUUGUCCAAACUGUCCUUGUUUCCCCAUCCUCAUAUACAUGAAUACCUUUUGGAUCCUUAUGUAAACCUAGCUUCUGGCUGCAGGUCUCUCUUCUCUGUUAUUGUCAGGGUCGUUGGGGACCUCAUGGUUAGAAUCCAGCGCAUCCCAGACUUCACUCCCAAACUUCUUCUGGUCAGAAAACGCCUGCUGGGUUUGGAGCCAGAAGGGCCCAUCAUUGACCACAUGACGUUACUAGAGGGCGUGAUUGUGCUGGAAGAAUUCUGCAAAGAGCUGGCAGCAAUUGCAUUUGUGAAGUAUCAUGCCUCAUCUACACCAUAAGCAGCCUUGAUGAGUAGCCAGGCUGUAAAACCACCUAGCUUGUUUUGGUCAAAAAACUAUGGACAGCACCCAGAUGAGAAGAUGUGGUGCCUCCUGGCAAAGUGUCAGUUGACAUUUGGCAGAAUUGGCAGAGAAGUUAUUUUCACCAGAUGUUGACGCUGCAAGAGAGAGGGAUUCAAAUGGACCUUAGAAUAUGAUUGAAGGCAUUCUGGGAGAAACCAAUGCAUAGCAUUUCUAGCCACUGUGUGAAGAGCUGCAAAAGCUGCAUGAAAAACCACAGGCAUCAGACCUUGGUUAUUCAUUAUAAUGACAACAUUUAGAGAGUUGGGUCUUUGUAUGUUCUGGGGCUCACAUGCACCAAUUCGCUUUUUGUGACCAUAUUACUUUUAAAAAGCAAAUUAAUUUUAUAACAUUUUUAUGUCUUAAUUCUUUUCAGUUGGAUAUAUGAAAGGAAAUCACAAUUAUAGUUGCAACGUGUAUUAUUAAAAAUGAACAGGUUCAAAAAAUCCACCAAUCCAUAUACAGUCAGAUGUAUUAAUGAGGGAUCAUUUUUGGUUUGGUGAAUCUUAAAGACAAUUGUGAGCUUGAUUCCCUGAUGGGUUACUCCAAGAGAUAUAUCAGUAUAAAAUAAGUACUAAUGGAAUUAAUCCCAAUUCAGCAUCACAACCGUAACAAAUAUAUCUGAAGUGUACGUGUUUCUAGCAUGUUUGUCUCUGUCAUUCCAAAUGACUGCUCUUCAAGUCAUCUGUGUAACUAGAUUUGCUUUACGUUUUUGCAUGUGAACUCUUGUUGCUUGACUUAUGUCACAUUUGCAGAGAAGUUAAUUAUAGGUCGUUAGUAGUUGUUGCUGAAAUAGUAUUUUUAAUUUCUUUAAAAUUGGUAUUCAGCCUGAUUUGGUUUAAGAAUAUUCUGUGCCUUGAAAGUUGGCAGCAUAAACAUUCUGUCAUUUUUAGAAAUAUUUUUAUUGCUUAUCUAACCAUAGCAAUAGUGCCCAGCAAAAGAUUGACUGAUGCCAGUUCAGUUAAAGCGUUGAUACCAUAUAUAGGACCAAAAUUUGUGCCUGCUUUUCAUAGUGCUGGGAUGCAGAAAUGUCUCUCAGUGAAUCGUUUUCAGUAUCAGCCAGGGCAGGCAUUUGCACUGCAAGUGGAGGGCCACUUGGACUUGAGCAGGCUUUGCUCCUGUUUCUCCAGCUCGAAGGCAGCCUGCAGUCAGUCAGGUCCUGCUGCUCACUGCUGCUCACGCUGGCAGGUUCAAGGGGCCGAGCUUUAAACCUCAAGUCACACGGAGUGACUUGGGUGCGAGACCUGCCCUGCUCUCUGCACGUGUGUGGUGUCUCUGUCCCCUCCUGUGAACAUGACAGCAUAGGCAUGCAAGGUAGAGUUUAGCUCCUUGUGUUUACAUUGCAUUUCUUUGUCUUUCCUACUAUCCUAUUUGCACAGCUAAUGCCCAUUUCAGAUGGACUAAUUUACUCAGUGACGAAUUUUUCUGGAUUUACAUGACUGUACCUAGAAUCAGAUUCUGCUCUGAAUCCGUGCCUUUGAGGUCUUGUUUUUUUUAAUAUUCAUGGAACUUGGCUGGUGAGAGGCCUUUUAAGUUAGCAGGUUAAUUAGAACAGUGUCACAGUUAAUGGGCUGAAUUUAUUCUUGUCACAACAGUGAAGAGGGUCCUGCUGUAAAAGCUUCCAGUAGAGGGUCAGCUGGAGAGAGCAGUUCUGGAACUGGGGAAGCAUUUUGGCAUGUAGAAGUUCUUCAGUGGCUCCCUAUACUGGGAGGCUUUUGUGCAAAGUGUUGCAUUUAUGUGACAAACAAAAUCAUGUUUUAUUUCCUGACUUUUUUUUUUUUUUUCCUGAAUUUAGCCCCAAAGUGUUUUCAGGUCAGAGUAGCAUAGUAGGAUGAAGUUUAAAAAAAUUACUUUUUUUUUCAUUUUUUUUCUUUAGAAACAUAGUGUAGCAAAUAAUUUUUAGUGAUAUGUAUUGCAGUCAGUCCAUAUUAGAAGCUUCAUUAAUGUAAUGUACCUGACGCAUAGUUUAGAACUUGUAAAUGUCUGUGCAGAGUGGUGUCUAAUACAUUUGUUAUAAAUAAGGUGCCAAUUCAGUAAAGCAGUUAAACUUAAUUUCAAGAAUUUUGUUUCUAAAUCACAAUAUUUUACAUAAACAAAGUUAAGCUGUUGAGUACAAAUGCUGAUGCUUUACUGAAUUUGGAUCUUUAUUGGUUUUGCUUGAGCUUAAUUACUUUUUCCUUAGAUUUUCUAUUUUCAUUAUUUAUUUUUUUAAAGUGUAUGUUCCAGAAUACUUCUAAUGUUCCAAUUUCACUGGAAACUGGAAGUGAUACUACUACUAUAAAUGAAAGUGAGAGAAAUAUUAAACAAAACUUGAAAGAGCAUUCCAAGUAAUAUAACAAUUUAUAAAGCCAUUCAAGAGAUGCCUGAUCUCAAAUGAAAGCAUUAACACCUCUUUUGUUGUUGUUCCUUUCACUGAUACCUGAGCUCAUUAAGGAAUGGUAUCAGUCAUCUUCUGGAAGGACUUCUGCAACCUCUGUGGCAUUUUAAUGCAAAACAGUCUGCCAAGCUGUAAACCAAUUCCUUCAAACUUGUCCAUGAGAAAAAUAGGUAGAUAUAACUAUAAGCACUCUUAAAUUCGAGAUGUAAUUGUUUGGUCUCCAGCAACAUUGGUGAUGUUCUUGCAAACUAAAUGUUACUUAGUCGAUAAGUUUAUCACAUGGAUCCAUCCUGAUGGAAGUGAAGCAAUCCUUAAAGUUGCUUUAGCCUACAGAGCUUUUGUGAGUGCUGCCUACAAACCCUUAAUUACCAUACAUGAUGACAAUGACCUUUAUUUUUUAUAAGUGAUUUAAUCUUCCUUAAGAGAUGGAACUCAUUUAAUUAUUUUUGUGGUGAUACUUUUCAUGCACUUUUUUUUUUAAAAAAAAAGGGGUUAGAAGUUAGUUCAGGUCCAUGUUUUCACCUUUCUGAUCUAUGCAUGUCAUUGAGGUGCCCAUUUUGUUUCUCUGUGUGUGUGUUUGUAUGUGGUUAUUUAUUACCCAGAGAUGGACACCUGAAAAAAUAAAUGGCCUGAAGUUCACAGCAUGUGCAGAUCCUCCAGAUGUCAGUGGGAAAUGCAAAUGCUUAUCACCUUAAGAAGUACGGCCACUAGUAUUAGAUCGAAAUACUUGAGAGGUAAUACUAAUUUUUUAUUUCAAAAAGCAGAUCCAAACCACAUUUUAAUCUUGAUGCACAUGUGUGUAAAUAGGCACAUUUUUUACGUUUUUUUCCACUUACAGUAUGUAUUUGAUUUAGACUCCAAUGUAGAAAAUUUUGUAAUAAGCCAUGCGCUAGGUCUGGUAGAACAAGUUUGUCCUUAGUUUCUCAUAUGACUGUAAUAUUCCUGGUUAUUCAGAUCCUGUCUGUGUAAUAUUCUUACUCUGUAUUUGUCUGUGCAAUAUAAAAGCUGUGACUUGAUACACAGCUUGAGUCUGGUUGUACACCACCUAUGUAUAUAUAUACAUAUAUAUAUAUAUAUAUAUAAAAAAAAAAGGACCAGAAUCCUGAGCUUUCUUACACUAUGACUAGUGUAAAGAUUGUCACACUUUAUUUUACAGGGCACAAGUAAUCAUGGAAUGGCUUUGUAAAUGCGUGGUAAUUUCUAACAUGACCUGCUGCGUAAUUUCACAGAUGACAUUUUAUUAUUGCUAUUUGUCUUGCUAAAAGAAAUACUAAACCAAAUUGCUCAGUAAAAUUGAAGGAUUAUGUAGUAGACUUGGAGCUACGUGGAAAAUCCUAGUCUGAUAUUGCGUAUCAUACAGGGUUUUCAAACCGUGAUCCUCAACACUUCCUGUGCCCUGUAAAAUAGUGUAACUAUAUAAAAUAUAUACUCCUUGUUUUGCCUCCUGCCUUGUUUACAUUAAACAGAGGAUAUUCAGUAAAAUUUUUCUAUUAAACUUUUGUGUAGGUCACUUACUGGCAGUGUUGCCAAGGUUUCACAAGUGUGGGAUUUCCAGUGAGGAAUUGUUGAAACAGCUACAUUACCAGACAUACAAUACUAAGUUUUAUGAAGGAGGUUGUGAUAAAUUCCAACUUUUUGUGCUAAAAAAUGCAUGGAGGAUUAAAAGGGAUAUUCUCAAAAUAAAUUAAUUUCAUUGAA